CCUGGGCGGGGCUCCGCGAGGGGACAAGCGGUGGUGGCCGGUCCCGGCGAGCGGAGCAGGGAGCGCGGGCGGCGGGGCCAUGGCGGGCUGCUGCGGCGCGCUGCGGGGCUUCCUGUUCGAGUACGACACGCCGCGCAUCGUGCUCAUCCGCAGCCGUAAAGUGGGGCUCAUGAACCGCGCCGUGCAGCUGCUCAUCCUGGCCUACGUCAUCGGGUGGGUGUUCGUGUGGGAGAAGGGCUACCAGGAGAAGGACUCCGUGGUCAGCUCCGUUACCACCAAGGCCAAGGGCGUGGCCGCGACCAACACUUCUCAGCUCGGAUUCCGGAUCUGGGACGUGGCCGAUUACGUGGUCCCUGCUCAGGAGGAAAACUCGCUCUUCGUCAUGACCAACAUGAUCAUCACCGUGAACCAGACCCAGGGCACCUGUCCAGAGAUUCCUGAUCAGACCACCAGGUGCGAAUCAGACGCCAACUGCAUGGUGGGCUCCGGGAGCACCCACAGCAACGGGGUCUGGACUGGAAGGUGCGUGCCAUUCAAUGGGUCUGUGCGGACCUGCGAGGUGGCGUCCUGGUGCCCGGUGGAGGAUGACUCUCAGGUGCCCAGACCUGCUUUUUUAAAGGCUGCAGAAAACUUCACACUUUUGGUUAAGAAUAAUAUCUGGUAUCCUAAAUUCAACUUCAGCAAGAGGAACAUCCUGCCCAACAUCUCCACCACCUACCUCAAGUCCUGCGUGUAUAACGCUCACACUGACCCCUUCUGUCCCAUCUUCCGUCUGGGCCAGGUGGUGGAGAGCGCAGGCCACAGCUUCCAGGACAUGGCUGUGGAGGGCGGCAUCAUGGGCAUCCAGGUGAACUGGGACUGCAAUCUGGACCGGGCUGCUGCCCUCUGCCUGCCCCGCUACUCCUUCCGGCGCCUGGACACACGGGAUGUUGACCACAAUGUCUCUCCCGGCUACAACUUCAGGUUCGCCAAGUACUACAGGGGCCUCAGCGGGCAGGAGCAGCGUACUCUCAUCAAGGCCUAUGGCAUCCGCUUCGACGUCAUCGUGUUCGGAAAGGCUGGGAAAUUUGACAUCAUCCCCACCAUGAUCAACGUGGGCUCAGGGCUGGCGCUGCUGGGCGUGGCCACAGUGCUGUGCGAUGUCAUUGUCCUCUACUGCAUGAAGAAGAGAUACUACUACCGGGAGAAAAAGUACAAGUUUGUGGAAGAUUAUGAGCAGGGCCUUUCUGGGGACACGGACCAGUGACACCUGUCCACACCGGGCUCCCAUGGCCCUUCAUGGAUGCACAGGAAAGGAAGGAGAGAAAUGGCUACUCUGUCUCCCAAAAAUGUUCUGGAUUUGGGCUCAGUCUCCACAAGGACCCAGGGUAGCCCAGCAGCUGCUGUGUUCUGUGCAGGGGUCCCUUUGCCCCUGGCACAGUGGUCAUGUGGUUGUUAGCUGGGCCACCUCUUCAGGGUGUUGCAGGGAGUGGCCAGCCCGAGGCAGCAGCGACACUGCUGCGGCUCACAGGGCUGGGUCUCCUCUGGAGCCCGUCUCCAGUCCUCGGGACAGGUCCAAGCCUCUGACCCACAGCAACCCAGUUCAAGCACCUUGUAAGGAAAGGGAACCCAGGUGUGGUGGUGCCCGCCUAAUCCCAGCCCUCAGGAGGCUGAUGCAAGAGGAUCUCUGAGAGUCCCAGGCCAACCUGGAUGAAACAGACCUUGUCUCAAAAACUAGAAGGAAGGAAAGGAAGAUCUCUCCAGUGUGGCUGCCAGACUUGUAGCAGGCCUGAGCUGCUGCUCCUUCUAAACCCCAAGCAGAGACACUUUCCUUCCCGACUUGAGCCGGGGACAGAAUUUCUGUUUUGAGGGCAGCUAUGUUGAGAUACACUAGGGGCCAAACAUUAAACAAAAGACUUUUCUUAA